UAGUAGACUAGUAGUAUAGAAAGGAGACCAUAAGAGUAGGUCAUAAAUAUUGAAGAGUAGGAGUAUAGAAAGGAGACCAUUGACCAUUGAACUAUUUGAUUUUAAAGAUGGAAACAACAGCAAACAGUGAAUACGAAGCAAGGAAAUUGGAAAAGGAGAGUUAAAUCAGCCCAGAAUUGGUGGAGGAACUAAGCUUGAAAAUAUUUGAGUGGUCAACCUUGUUUUCUUUGUAAUUCCAGUUCGUUGAAAUGGACAGCUUAGCAGACGAUCUACUGGUUGAAAUUUUCUGUCGACUACCAUGCGCAGAAGCAGUAAUUACGUGCAAGUGCGUCUGUAAACAAUGGCUGAGCUUGAUAUCUAAACCUCAACUCGUUGCUCGUUUCAUCGCUCACAACCUCAACAAUGGUCACAUUAACUCAAACAACAAGAAAAAACAUAGAAAUGAAGAACUAUCUUCUUUCACCUAUAUCGACCAGGGUGAAAACGAGGACGGGAAUAUCUUCUUCUUCCCAACAAGUCCCGUCUUUACCUCCCUCGACACCACCCUCGAUUUCAUUCCAAGUUACGAAAAUACUGCAAAAUCCCCUGUCAAAAUCAGAUCAAAAUGCAGUGACCUGAUCCUGUGUAGCAGACUACCACCAGAAGAAUUUUCCAGCAGAGUAUUACCUGAAGAACCUGAUCUUUACAUCUGUAAUCCUCGAUCCAAACAAUGGAUUCAGCUUCCCACACCAUCUCAUAAAGAACACCAUUGCUUAACCUGUUUCACUUGUGACCCUUAUUACGAAACAGGGAGUAGUAUUAGUCUCAGUACUUGUCGAUACAGUGUUUGUUAUGGCUUCGUUGUUAGUCGUUCAAGCAGCAGGGUGAAUCAACUUGAAAUGAAAAUCCUGUCAUCUGAAACUGGUGUUUGGAAGAAAGCAGUGUUGUUAUCCCCGAAGUUUGUUAAUUUUUGGUCUGCAAAGUUCAGAGACUGUUUUACAUACAAUGGAAUGGUGCAUUUCUGUACGGAUGAUGGUAUUAUCGGGUUUGACACGUAUAAUGUUAGUGCAGACGGUUUCAUCCAUGGCCGUGUUAUUCAGCUGCCUCUGCAUGAUGGUUCUAAUCAGUGUGGUGGUGAGUAUGUUGGAGUUUCCGGGGGUAAGAUAGUACUUUUAGUGUACUGCAGAUGUCUUAUGAGUCAACAACAACAACAACAACAACAACAACCUCAACCUGAUAAUACUGAUGUUUACAGCUUAAGGGUUUGGGAGCUUAAGGGUUACGAAACUGGUGAAUGGUUGAUGACGCGAAUUGUUCAUCUGAAUGAUUUGGUUGUAGAAGAUUCUGAGAUUUUUGAAAGCUUGGUAAGAAGAUAUCGUUGGAAUUUGUUGAUGAUACACCCAAAUGAUGCUGAUGUUUUGCUGCUGAUACUUGGUGAAAGAAUGGUUGAAUGCAAUUUAAGGGAGAAGACGUGGAAAUCAAUCUGUAGUAUUCCUUCUUCUCGGAAACGUUUAGGUCUUGUGUUCCCAUGGUGGCCAACACCACUAAAACAACUUCCCUGGUAAAUGUGAUUGAAGUUGAAAAGAAUGUAUGGAGUCUAGAUUGUGAAAACUAAUUGAUUAUCUGAACCCUAAAAGUCUUUAUUUUGUAUGGAACUGAACUUGGAAGACGUACGGAGUAUUUUUAUUUUUUUUUAACUUAAAUGAAAGUUGCAUAUUUUUCUUGAUUA